AUGCUGCCGCUCGUGGUGGUGCUGCGCCGUGUUUGGCCCCUGGCCUUGGCGCGCGCCGCCGCUGCUGCCGCGGCUGGCGCCGCGUCUGGCGGCCUCGCCGCUGCGGAGCACGGCAGGGCCGGAGGGCGUGCCGUCCCGCAGUGGAGGAUCGACCAGGUGCUGCGCGAGAGUGGGCCGCCAGCGCCCGACUUCCCCGCGGCCCUGCAGCUGAGGGCCACGGCGCCCGAUGCCCCCAACGCUAGCGCCGCCGCCACCGCCGCCGCUGCGGGGGAGCCUGGAGAAGCCAGCGAGAACGUGACGACCCCGAGGAGCGGCAGCACCGCGGCGCAGGACCGGGGGGCGUGCCCGCUCGUGAAGCUGCCCGCCAAGCUGCACAUGAUGGCCACAGAGUCCACGUGGGCUGGCCAGGGCGGCACGUGGCAGAGCAACACGGGUGUGGUCCACUCCUCGUUCCGGCUCUCGUUCAUCUCCACGACGUGGGAUACGGCAUACAACAGGAAUCUGGACGAGCAGGCAGCCUUCCGUGGCGAAGUGACCAGCGACGAGGAGCUGGAGUACUCGUACGAAUGGAAGUUGCGGAAAGGCCCCAUGGACUAUCCUGCCAUUGCCAAGCUAGAAAAUGAUUGGUGGUCUGCGGUCUACAAGGGGGCGCACUCGGUGCUGAAGUCGCCAGAGGAGAAGUACGGCAAGGCCGGCGACGACCAAGCAUCGACCUGGCGCACAACUGCCCUGGUGGACUGCGAGGGCCACCUGCUUUACGUGGUGAAGCUGCUGCAGCAAGAGGCCGAGAAGUUGCUGCCUGGGGGCAUUGACGUGUACGAUCGCGGUGGAACGUUGGUGGCCCAUGCCAUGGUCGACUAUUCAAUCGCGAGGUAUCAGUUCGUCGACGUGAAUGGCAACCUGAUUGCCACCGCGGAGGCCCCCGGAGUGGGCCUGGCCAUCCCAUUGAAAGAUUUGGAGCCUGACCCCUACAAGGGCUUGAUCCUGCCCUACGGAGUCGAAUUCCAAAAGGGCGGCUACACGGACGCCAGCCGGCUUCUCGAUACUGACUACCGCUGGGUGAUCGCGGCUGCAGUGCAGGCGCGCGCCUUGGACGACGCGCACCGCAGUUUUCAGCCGUGGGCGCCUUGGCUGCUGGUGGCGGCGGGCGUUCUUUUCGGUGCGCUCCUGCUGGUCCUCAUCUGCUUCGCGUGUGGCGCCAUGUACCGGCUCGUAUAUCCACGCGGCCAUUCUGAGGCGCUCCCGCCGCUGUGGGACAAGAAGACCCAGCCCCAGUUCUACUCCAUGCCCUACAAAGCUGCAUAG